AUGCUACAUGUAGGGAUCUCUUUGCACCUCUGCGCACGAGAGUUUGCGGAUGUCUAUCCUCGAGCUGUUGAAGGAAUCAUCGACUGCCAUUACGUGGACGACUACGUCGAUAGCUUUGGGACAGAGGAAGAAGCUCAACGAGUUGCUCGAGAAGUCAAGGCCAUUCACGCGCGAGGAGGCUUCAACAUUCGUGGUUGGAGAUCCAAUAGCGUGAAAAUACUCCAAGGACUUGGAGAGGCAACAGAUCCUAAUCCCAAAGAACUAAACACACAGCACGGCAUCAUCGAGAGGGUUCUUGGAAUGCACUGGCUUCCCAAUGAAGAUACUCUGGCAUAUUCCACCAACUUUCAGCCACAAAUAAACGACAUUAUUUCAAACAGAAUGCGGCCAACGAAACGACAAGUACUGAAGUGCUUAAUGAGUGUAUUCGACCCUCUCGGUCUUCUAGCGGCCUUUGUCGUUCAAGGCAAAAUACUUCUCCAAGAUAUUUGGAGAGCCGGUACUCAAUGGGAUGAAGAAAUCAACGACCAAGUAUUCGAAAAAUGGACAAGAUGGAUAGAUCAGUUCCCACUUAUAGCAGACCUCCAGGUUCCAAGAUGCUACUAUCUAGAUGCUACUGAAACACUCUACAAUAAUCUUGAACUGCAUAUAUUUGCCGAUGCAAGCGAAGAUGCUUACGCAGCCGUAGCGUAUUUUCGUAUUUCCAUCAAUAGCAAGGAAUAUAAGUGCACUUUAGUUGCGUCAAAGACGAAGGUAGCUCCUCUACGACAUUGGUCGAUUCCCCGGCUUGAACUCCAAGCUGCUGUAUUAGCUGCGCGACUAGAAACGUUUAUUAAAGAAGGCCAUACAUUGCAAAUACAUCGUACGGUAUUUUGGUCGGAUUCGAGUACAGUACUAGCCUGGAUACGCUCGGACCAUCGAAGAUAUUCGUCGUUUGUGGCAUGUCGAGUAUCUGAAAUAUUAUCUACCACUUCUAUCGCUGAUUGGCGAUGGAUCUCAACGAAGAUGAACGUUGCUGACCUGGCCACAAAAUGGGGACAAGGUGGCCAACUGGAUGUGGAUGGUCCAUGGUUCAACGGACCGGAAUUCUUGAAAGAGGAAGAGGCAGAGUGGCCGCGUCCCAAGUCAAUACAACCAACUGUAGAAGAACAAAAAAUGUGUGGGGUCCAUCAAAGCCUAGAAAUUCCAGAUCCGCUGGUUGAUGUAUCCAGAUUUUCUAAGUGGGAGAGACUGACCAGAGCAAUGGCCUACGUAUUCCGAUAUUUCAACAACUGCAAGAAAACACGUUGCAAGAUCAGUAGUUUGUAUCCCACGCAAUCCGAGUUGAGGCUUGCCGAAGAUUACCUUUUCCGAAUGGUUCAACGAGAAGCUUUUCCAGACGAAGUUCACCAACUACUGGCACAAAUCAGCGAGCCGAAUAAGAAACAGGUCACCGUAGGAAAAGGCAGCAAACUGUAUAAGUUGUCACCUUACCUGGACGAGCACCAAGUUCUGCGAGUCGACGGGCGGAUUGGAGCGGCGGUUAAUGUGGACAACUGCAUCAAGUAUCCAGUGAUUCUCGCGAAACAACACCGUGUCAGCGAUUUGAUCAUCGAUUUUUAUCACCGUAAGUUCCAUCACGCUAAUUUCGAGACCGUGGUGAACGAAUUACGUCAGGUUUACCAUAUCCCACAAAUACGAUCCCGUGUGAAGCAGAUCGUGAAGCGUUGUCAGUACUGUAAAAUCAACAACGCUCGACCUCAAAUUCCAAGGAUGGCUCCUUUACCAGCGGCGAGGUUAGCAACGUGCACACGACCAUUCACUUUCGUUGGGUUGGAUUUGUUUGGUCCACUCCAGGUUAAAGUGGGUAGGAGCUCGGUUAAACGCUGGAUCGCGCUCUUCACCUGUUUAACAGUGCGCGCUGUCCACGUCGAAGUAGUAUUCAACCUAAGUACGGAGUCGUGUAUUAUGGCGGUUCGGAGGUUUGUUGGUAGGCGAGGAUCACCACUAGAAUUCUAUUCAGACAACGGCACCAACUUCCGGGGAGCCGAUAACGUGCUGCAGCAACAAGUGUCCAACAUCGAAGAAGGGCUGGCAUCUACGUUCACCAAUACUGCAACGAAAUGGGUGUUUAUACCACCCGGCACACCACACAUGGGCGGCGCUUGGGAGCGCAUGGUUCGUUCGGUGAAGAAGGCGAUGGAGACGAGCGUGAGCGCGUGUCGAAAACUGAGCGAUGAGGGUCUGUGGACUCUAGCAGUCGAGGCUGAAGGAAUAGUGAAUUCCAGACCGCUUACGUACCUCCCGAUUGAGGCAGCGGAACAAGAAGCUCUUACUCCUAACCAUCUGUUAAUCGGAAGCUCCAACGGUAUCAAGCAGCCGACUGUGGAGCAGGUAGACGAAAAAUUGGCGCUGAAAAAUACUUGGCACCAAAUACAAACUCAAGCGGACACUUUCUGGCGUCGAUGGAUUCGUGAAUACUUGCCGGAUUUGACUCGGCGACAAUGGCAGAGUGAAACUCGACCGAUUUGCGUAGGAGACUUGGUGAUCAUUGUGGAUGAGGCUAGAAGAAAUGGUUGGGUCCGCGGACGUGUUAAUGAGGUAAAUCCAGGGCAAGAUGGGCGUGUAAGAAAGGCGAUUGUUCAAACUCAUAGGGGGCUCACUAGGCAAUCGGUCUCCAAGCUAGCUGUACUUGACGUUGGGGGUGAGGUCUCAAAGUUAGCUGUAUUUGAAGUUGCGACUAAGGGUAACCCGGGAUCAUCCUGA